AUGUCGACGCAGUCGUCAUCGUAUCAGCUAUCAGACGCAUCAAGGAUACCAGAUGGCCUCGACCUCUACAGACCAAUUAGGCUCGAAGAGAUCCCAAACAAAUGUACAAAUACCCAUGGCCAUAGAAUGGAAGAUUGUAGGCAAUUAAGAGAAGAAGUAGCCCGGUUAUUCAACAACGGGCAUCUUCGGGGGUUUCUGAGCGAUCGAGCUAAGAAUCACUUCAAAAAUAAGGACUCCAACAAACAAAACGAACAAGACGAACCCCGGCAUGUCAUCCAUAUGAUCAUCGGAGGAGUCGAUGUUUUUCAAGGUCCAAUGUUUAAGCGCACCAAAGUAUCGAUCAAGAGGGAAAAAGGAACUCGAGAUUACAUGCCAGAAGGGACUUUGUUUUUCAAUGAUGAGGAUGCGGAAGGAAUCACACAGCCCCAUAAUGAUGCACUGGUAAUAUCUGUACUCAUGAAUAAAACUCGAGUUAAACGCUUGCUAAUUGAUCCAGGUAGCUCGGCUAAUACUGGAGAAAUAACAUUGCCAGUAAACAUAACGGGUACUACCCAGGAGACCAAGUUUUAUGUAAUCAAGGGGGACAUGAGAUACAACGCUCUGUUUGGAAGACUAUGGAUCCACAACAUGAAGGUCGUGCCCUCGACCCUCCACCAGGUAUUAAAGUUUCCAACACCAGAGGGGACAAAGACGGUUUAUGGGGAACAACCCGCCAUAAAGGAGAUGUUUGUCGUCGAUGAAGUAAUUCCAAUAUCAACACUCUCAUCGACAAAGGAAUCAGGUUCGAAAGCAAAACAGGAAGCCAAAUAG